UCCUUUUGAUAUUCAUUAUUAUCUAAUUGCAUCAUCUAACACACAAAGUCACAAACACAUUGGACGUGACUCCUCUGUUUCCUCUGUCAAUGGCUGGUUCAGUCUCUGGUGACACAGAAGCUCAGAGCUCUAGCGAUGCAAGAAGCAACCGCGGUGGAUGGAUCACUUUUCCUUUCAUGAUCGCUACGUUGUUAGGCCUUUCAGUGACUUCUUUCGGAUGGGUAAUGAACUUGAUCGUCUUCCUAAUCGAAGAGUUCAAUAUCAAGAGCAUCACUGCUGCACAGAUUUCAAAUGUUGCCAAUGGAUGUCUUAGUAUCUUCCCUGUUGCUGCAGCCAUUAUAGCUGAUUCUUUCUUUGGAAACAUUUCUGUCAUCUCUGUCUCUGCGUUCAUUUCUCUUCUUGGGAUCUCUCUCUUGACCUUGAUCUCAUCUUUGGACCAUUUGAGACCUAGCCCUUGUGAAACUGGAUCAAUCCUAUGCCAGUCUCCAUCGAAGCUCCAGCUCGGGGUUUUGUAUGCAGCCUUAGCUCUAGUGACCAUUGGAUCAGGUGGGACUCGGUUCACUUUAGCAUCCGCGGGUGCAAACCAAUAUGAGAAACCUAAAGAACAAGGAAGCUUCUUCAACUGGUACUUCCUUACACUAUAUGCUGGAGCUAUUACUGGAGCAACAGCGAUUGUAUAUACACAAGACAAUGUUAGCUGGAAACUCGGGUUUGGUCUCUGCGCCAUCGCUAAUUUGAUCAGCUUCAUUGUUUUUGUCUCUGGGAAGAGAUUUUACAAGCAUGACAAACCCAUGGGGAGUCCCUUCAUGAGUCUGAUCCGUGUUGUGGUCGCUGCUACAGCUAAAAGAAAAGUUGUGAUCUCAUCCAGAGAAGAAGACUAUCACCAUGGGAUCGAAAUAGAGGGCAAGACUUCUGCUGCAGUGCCCUCUAAGAGCUUUAGGUUCUUGAACCGUGCAGCGUUAAAGACUGAAGAUGAUAUGAAUCAGAAACACGGCUCAGUUAAAAACAUUUGGAGGCUAUGUUCUGUUCAGGAAGUAGAAGAUUUCAAAGCCAUUCUCCGAGUUAUUCCUCUGUGGCUAGCCAUCAUCUUUGUUAGUACUCCCAUGGUCAUGCAAACAAGCUUGAUUGUACUCCAAGCUCUAGUCACAGACCGUGGGCUCGGACCUCACUUCGAAGUCCCAGCCGGAUCACUCCAAGUCAUAAUAAUCUUCACAGCAUGCAUUGUUAUCAUGUUGAACAACUGGCUUGUCUAUCCCAUGUACCAGAAGCUAACUCAUAAGUCCCUGACACCGCUUCAAAGAGUUGGUGUAGGACAGGUUCUCACCAUCCUAAGCAUGGCACUCUCUGCGGUUGUCGAAGCAAAGAGGCUGAAAACAGUUGAAAAUGAGCAUCCCAUGUCAGUUCUAUGGCUGUUUCCUCCCCUUGUGAUAGUAGGUAUAGGCGAAGCCUUCCAAUUCCCCGCGAAUAUUGAAUUGUUCUAUGGAGAGUUCCCCGAGUCAUUGAGGAACACCGCGACUUCGUUGACCUCACUAGUGAUUGGAAUAUCUUUCUAUCUGAGCACAGCACUGAUCAGUCUGAUACAGAAGACAACUGAGUGGUUACCAAAUGACAUUAACCACGGAAGAGUUGACAAUGUUUAUUGGGUUUUAGUCAUUUUAGGAGUCUUGAACUUCGGCUACUUCCUUGUAUACUCUUGGUUUUACAGAUACAGGAACCCCAAGGAUAGUGAUAAAGAUCAAGAUUCAAAAGAUGUUACAACCUAAAGGCGACACAAACAUGUUGUUUCAGUUUUCUCUAGUCUCUCUGUGUCUUGAAUUAAUAGCUUUUGUGUUUUUUUUUUUAAAUUUGUUUGAACGUUUUUAAAAGUAUGUGUUUUUAGUUUCUUA